GCGGGGGCAGGGACUGGGCGAGGAAGGGGACCGCAGCAGGGCCGGUGCUGCUGGGGAAGGUGGCUUGGGCUUGGGAAGAGGGCCACCUGCAACGGAAAAGAGGCCUGAGCAGGACUGGCCGCUGAUCUCACCGGAAGGUCCGGGGUCACUGAGCAUCUGCCCUGGACCCGGCUCUUUGCUAGGCGCCUGGGUGACAUAGGACAGGGUCUGGGCGAUGGCAUUCACAAAGGGUUAUUGAGGGCUGUCUGUGUGGCAGGGUGCUUUAGUUCCUGCUUGGAGGAGAGACCUCAGUACAGGGAAGUCCGUGCUAAGCUGAGAAAAUACCGUGUGUACAGAGGAAGGGCCCUUCACUCCAGCCUUGGUGGCUCAGGGAGGGCUUCCUGGAAGUAACAUCUAAGCCCAAACCUUGGGCACAUAGGAGACAGUGUUUGCAGAGACAGAACAGUAGAUCUGCUGGAGAUUUGCUGACUGAGUGGGGAACUUUUAAUAGCAGUCAUUUUAUUUUUUAUUUGUGCGGUUCUCCCAAUACUUUAUUUUGAAAAUUUUCAAAUGUGCAGCAAAGUUGAAAAAAUUUUAUAGUGAUCAUCUGUAUACCCACCACCUACCUUCUGCCAUUAACUGCUAGCAUACUUGCUUUAUCACAUACCUAACACACACCCUCUAUCCAUCCAUGAAUCCAUCCUACAUUUUGAUGUAUUUCAAAAUAAACUGCAAACAUUAGGACACUUUGCUAAAUACUUCAUUGUGCAUGUCAUUGACUAGAGUUCCAUAUAUGUUUAUAGUUGCUCCCCCCCCCCUUAACAAUUGUUGUUUUAACUCUACAUGACUUGUAAAGAUUUUCAAGUCCCUCACACAUAAAAUUCCCACAGGCAGAGAUGCUAGGUUUCUGGGGUGGGAGGUCCCUACUCCACUAGGCUAACCUCCAAGCACCUGUUGGCAAGAAUGCCUUGGGACAUCUCAUGGGAGCUCACAGACUUACAGGGGCCGGUGCAGUGCUAAAGCUUUGUAUGUUACAAAACCACAGCUCAGGCCACAAAGGGUUAAGGCAGACCCAAAGCAUGCCAGAAAUCAGUGUGGGGCUGGAGUGUGGAGUUUUCUGAGGAAAGAAUCCUGAGAGCUAGAGUGGCCAGAGAAGACCUCAUGGAGAAAGUGGAUUUUGAGCCAGGCUUUGGAAGUCUACAGAUUUCCAUUUUGAAAUGUUACAAGCCUGUGAAAUGCAAGCGCCUGGGAACCACCAGGGCAGGAGGAUGCAAAGGUGUGGCGUGCAGCCUCUCACUCCCAUACUCUGUUUCUCUCCAUCCCUGCCUUGUGGGUGCUGACAGCGGUGGUCGGGGCUGGAAUCGGGGGCUCUGCUGUGGCCCAUUUCCUCCAGCAGCACUUUGGCCCCCGGGUGCAGAUCGACGUGUAUGAGAAGGGGACUGUCGGCGGCCGCCUGGCCACCAUCUCCGUCAACAAGCAGCACUACGAGAGCGGAGCCGCCUCCUUCCACUCCCUGAGCCUGCACAUGCAGGACUUCGUCAAGCUCCUGGGGCUGAGGCAGCGGCGCGAGGUGGUGGGCAGGAGCGCCCUCUUCGGCGGGGAGCACUUCGUGCUGGAGGAGACUGACUGGUACCUGCUGAACCUGUUCCGCCUCUGGUGGCACUACGGCAUCAGCUUCCUGAGGCUGCAGAUGUGGGUGGAGGAGGUCAUGGAGAAGUUCAUGAGGAUCUAUAAGUACCAGGCCCACGGUUUUGCUUUCUCGGGCGUGGAGGAGCUGCUCUACUCACUGGGGGAAUCUGCCUUUGUCAACAUGACCCAGCGCUCUGUGACCGAGUCCCUGCUCCAGGUGGGCGUCACACAGCGAUUUAUCGACGAUGUCGUCUCUGCCGUCCUGCGGGCCAGCUAUGGCCAGUCAGCAGCAAUGCCUGCCUUUGCCGGAGCCAUGUCACUUGCCGGGGCCCAAGGCAGCCUGUGGUCUGUGGAGGGAGGCAACAAGCUGGUUUGUUCCGGUUUGCUGAAGCUCACCAAGGCCAAUGUGAUCCACGCCACCGUGACCUCCGUGACCCUGCACAGCACAGAAGGGAAAGCCCUGUACCAGGUGGGGUAUGAGAAUGAGGUGGGCAAUAGCUCAGACUUGUAUGACAUCGUGGUCAUCGCAUCCCCUCUGCACCUGGACAACAGCAGCAGCAACUUCACCUUUGAAGGAUUCAACCCACCCAUUGAAGACAUCCAGGGCUCGUUCCAGCCCAGCGUGGUCUCCUUGGUCCAUGGCUACCUCAACUCUUCCUACUUUGGUUUCCCAGACCCUAAGCUUUUCCCCUUUGCCAGCAUCCUCACCACAGACUUCCCCAGCUUCUUCUCCACUCUGGACAACAUCUGUCCCGUCAACAUCUCGGCCAACUUCCGGCGGAAGCAGCCCCAAGAGGCAGCUGUUUGGCGAGUGCAGUCCCCCCAGCCCCUCUUCCGGACCCAGCUGAAGACCCUCUUCCGUUCCUAUUACUCAGUGCAGACGGCUGAGUGGCAGGCCCAUCCCCUGUAUGGCUCCCGCCUGACUCUCCCAAGGUUUGCGCUCCACGACCAGCUCUUCUACCUCAACGCUCUGGAGUGGGCAGCCAGCUCUGUGGAGGUGAUGGCCGUAGCUGCCAAGAAUGUGGCCUUGCUGGCUUAUAACCGCUGGUACCAGGACCUAGACAAGAUCGACCAAAAGGAUUUGAUGCACAAGGUCAAGACUGAACUGUGAGGGCUCUGGGGAGAGCCCAGGAACUCCAGCCCCCCACUGAAGAUGGCUCACACCCCGCAGCCCAGGAUUGAAUGAGCCAAGCUUGCCCACCAAGCCUGUCUCUGACCCUCGGUACCGAGCGUCUUCUCCCUCCAGGGUGGGUCCAGGUGGCCGCUGUCUGCCUAUCUUGAGGAUCCUUAUGGUGGUUGCUUCUUUUUUUUUUUUAAGGGGACAAUAAGAAAAGGGAAGGAAAUUCAAGCCAGUAUAUUUGUUUUAUUUAUUUUUCUUAAGAAGAAAUAAAAGUCCAUCUUCUCCAGAUGCUUCUGACUUGAUUUUCUAACUAGGAACUAGGACAGCUGAGGGAUUAUAAGGCAGAGGACUUUGAGUCUAAUUUUUUUUACUGUAUUUCACCACCUACUCCUAAAAUGGACAACCAUUGGAGGCAGGCUACAAGAAAAUAUUUACAACCAGAUGGUUUUCAAUAAAGUAAAAGGGAAGAUCAGAAAACCUAAGAAUGAUUAUAGCUCCUGUUUGCUGUGGUCUUGCUAGAUGUGAGGCAGCUAGUUCAAAACUUACUAGACACCAUCUCCAAGCCUCUCAACAACCCAAGCCUCUGCAUAUUGGAGGAGGUGACUGUGGUCACCCAAGGACCCAAGAAAGAGAUGUGUGCCUCAACAGAGCCAUCAGUAUAGCUUUGAGCUUCCUGGCAACCAGAGGGAGAAGAAAUAUCAGGCUAUAGGAGGCGGGAACUUCUUGGCACCUGGAGGGAUUGACCAUUCUCUUAAUUAUGCAGGGUAGAGGAGUAAUACAAUGGAUUUGUCUUGCAAAAAAGGCAAGUCCACAGGCAUAGAGGGCAGUCCUAUCUCACCCCCAAACAUUCAUCCCAGCAGAAGGAAAGGAAAGAAGGCAUUGGGAUGGAGUUCUCCAAAGAUUAACCUGGUGCUUUCUCCUGUGACACUAGCUUGAAAGGAGAGGAAGAUUAUGCUUUGCUUUGCUUUUUCUACGAACCUUUAAAGGUCAGUAGUUUUAGAAAAGAAAGUAAAAGUCCUUUUCAUUCCUUUGGACCCAUUCCUUUCUGCAACAGAGGAGAACAGAGGGACUAAGCCUAGGGCAUCCAGCGUGUGUGAUGCAUGGACCAACCACCACAUUUGGAUCUGGGGAAGGGAAGGGGGCUUGAGAAAGAUGCAGAUGUCCAAGUCCCACCCAGACCUGCUAAACAGUCGUUAGAGGAAGGUCGCAGAUACUGGGAGGAAACAACACUGCCGAUUGAUGCUAAUACUAUAGCCUUCCUAACAGGAAGCCAGAGAUCAUCCAGCUAACUUCCCUGUCUCUGUAGAGAGGGCGAUAAAAGCCCAAAGUGAGGAAAGAGCUUGUUUAAGGUCUCCUAGUGAGCUCAUAGAACAGCUCAAAUCUGGAGCUUCUUAAAAUUCAGUUCAGCAUGGGCAAAAUACCCUUCCAAUUGGUGGAGGCCCAAACUGGCUCUGAGGUUGUUUUCACUAUACCAGAGUGAUAGUGAUGGCAGUGAAAGAGAGAGAGUCUUGAUGGUUACUAUAGAAAUUAUGAAACUGACACAUCAGUAAGAAGGCCUUUGGUUCAAGUAAAAAACCAAACUCACAUGGACAUAAGCAAUAAAAGGUUUUUGUUGUUUAUUAUAACUUAAAAGUCUAGGUGUAGAGCACCUUGCAAUCUACAGUUCCAUUACUUCUCUCAUGGUCAAAGAUGGCUGCCAACAGCUCCCAGGGUAAGAAGGUCUUCUCCCAUAACCACUGAACCAAAUUCUGGGCGCUGGGCCCAUUGGACCACCCAUGAACCAAUUCUCGUGGCCAGGGGAAUGCUCCAUGCUGAUUGGCUUGGGACUCAGAUACCAGACCAAUAAGCAUGCCACAGGGGAUGUGGCUUAGAACAGUGACUGGGUCCUGUCCCUGGAGCAGAGAUGGUCUCAUCCAAACUUCAAGGUCAGAGAAGGGAAAGGGUGUUGGAAAGAGAACACAAUGUCAGCCCCAUGCAGAUGGGGCUCUCAUGUCCUAUAAAAUCAAAGUGUGUCAUGGCAUCUUUGGGUGGUCUGUGUUUGAAAUGAAAAUGGCAAUGGGCUAUCAUACUGUAAUUGAUAGUUGGUAUUGGACCAGAGGACCAGGGACAAUACAAAACUUAACCCUGGUAACCACCCUAAGGAGGAUCUAUGCACAGAAGAUGCAAACCAGGGCAGUUACACUUGGUCCUCGGUCCUCGACUGGGGCUUGGCCUCCAUGUCCAAGCAUGACUGCAGCAGAGCUGGCCACAUCCUUCAGAAACGUCCUUUACCUGGGCAGGCAGGCCCAAACAGCUCAGAACCAAAGCCAGCCAAAAUGCCCACGCCGCCUGCUUCCCCAAGCCCGAACCUGAGAGUUGGAUCUCACCAUCUCCCUUCCUUGCAGGCAGGGAGGAAAGGACAGAGAUUCCAGAGAGGAGUGUGAGAACCAGCGGAAGCCUUUGCCCCAGGGCCCACCCAGCCUUCUCAGGCUUGGGGAGCACCCAAGUGGCCACAGCUCCCUGGGAGAAGAGGGAGCAUUUGCAAAGACAGAGGGAGCCAUAUACUCUGCUAAAUAAAACAGGAAAGGGCUACACUUGUCCUCAGUUGUCCUGGGUGCAGUAGAGUGGGUGUUACACCCUCUUCACAGGAA